CUUCCGUGAAUUCCGCGGAGAGUUCUGGGCAGGCGGGAAGCGGCGCAGGUGGGCGGAGUGGAGGUGUGCUCUUUCGUGAGAGUGGAGUCUCCGAAGGGGUUGAAAACUUCCCCGGAGCUAAGUACCGCUCUCCCGUUAGAGAUGAACGCCCACGGAAGAACGAGGGUGUCUGAGGGGAAGCGUCGCCUGAGCACUGCGUUCGGGAGCACCCAAGAGAAGGAUGAUUCGGGAGACCAGAGGGACUUUGUGGGAACAAAAUCUGCCACGGAGUUAGGGCUUGGAAUGGGAUUAGGAAAAGAAGAUUCCCAAUGGAGGGAGAACCCUGGAGUUAGCAAUAAAUAUAAGGACAGGAUGGCAUCGCCAGAAACAAAAUCUCCUCUUGGCAAGAAGCUUGAAAUGGGAUCGAAAAAACAGACUAUUGCUAGUACUCUCACGGGGAGAGGCAAUUUAGGGGUCAGCAGGGUCUCAGCUUUACAGGAAGCAAAACCCCUGGAUGUGUUACCAGGGAGAGGGGUGGGAUUGGAAAAUGAGCGUUGCCUGGCACGUGGUCCCUUGGGCAUGGCGUGUGGAAGUCCACGGGCUGUAGGGAACAGAAGAGGUCCUGUGGCCAGUGGCCCUGAAGGGAUAGAGCCUUCAAUGGGAAAACAGCCUGUUUUAGAUUUAGAAGGGAGACCGGAACUGGAGAAAGAACCUAUCUGUGUUGUGAUGAAACCCAGCACAGAGGGGAAGCCCCCCGUGGAGGUGGACACUGGCCUACCCCACGCUGAGGAGUCAGAUGAAACUCAGAUUAUAGAGCCCCAGGUGGGUUUGGUAAUAGAACCGCCGCAGUGCCAGUUUGCCCAGCAACCGGAAGAGGCUGGAACUCUUGAACCAGGAGUGGAACCUCCAGACCGCAUCAGACCCAUAUACUCUGGGAAAUUUGUUGAUCGGAUACCUUGCUGGCCAACUGCUGGGAAAGUUACACCAGUUGGAUACAGAGUUGCAACUUGCUUAACUGAAAAACUCCCUAGGCUGAUUACUCCACCAGAGGCAAAAAAGUAUUUCAACUUCAGAUAUCCACCUCCCGGAGCAGAGAGAGUAUUUUAUGGCAAAGCCAAUGACCCUCAAAUUGCACGUUACUUGACUCAUGGGAUAAGAUCUAAAAUUUCAAUACCGGCAAAUACAUUGAUAAAUCCACAGCCUGUUACCGCAUUUCAACAGAAAAUUAAAGAUAAAAAAGAGUCUAUAUAUUAUAGCAAUCAACGGGCACCAUUAGGGAAAUCUCACAAUCAAACACCAGGAUUACCUGAAGGACUGGACAUCAUCAAUACAACAUUUGGGACAGCAGUCAUCAGAGAAUUCUCCGUUAGAGAUGUAGUGAAUCCACCAAAAUCCUAUGACGAAGUAUUUAAAGAAGGAGAGGAAAGACAUGAUUUGUAUGUUGUUUCUCACAAUGAUUAUUAUGUGGGAGAAGCAAAGAACCGAAAGUAUAACCCAGCCAGUUUCCAUCGGUUUAACUUAUUUGGAGUCCCUACACCACAUUUUAACGAUGGGAAAAACAUGGCAAAAAGUUUAUAUUGGCUCCAUGAACUACAAAUGAAAAGAGGAGCUAAAAUUGUAUCUAAGAGAGUUGACGAUUUCAAAGAAAAGUUUCAACAUAAGGUUGGAAGAGUUUUAGAUCCCAUUGCAGAAACAAUGAAUGUUCCCCCAGGCCACACAUUUGGAGCUUGUCUCUCUCCUGAGGAGUACGGAGCUGGUGAUCUCAUCCAUAACAGACUCCCGGGCGAGUAUCUUCGAGGAAAGGACAGACAGAGAGCUCUGAUCGCUGCAGUUCGACAUCACUUGAAGAAAUUUAAUUAUCAAAACUUUGACACUUUGCUGGCGGCCUUCAGGCACUAUGACAAGAAGGGAGAUGGGGUCAUUGACAAAGCAGAGCUGCGGGAAGCCUGCGACCAGGCCAACCUGCAUCUAGACGAGACGCUCCUCAGCCAGCUGUUUGACUACUGUGAUGUGGACAAGGAUGGCUUGAUUAACUACCUGGAAUUUGCCAAUUUCCUUAACUGGAAAGACAGUGUGCUUCUUAAAGAGUAUGAAGAGAGAGUCGUUAUGAAAGGUAGACAACCAGAUUGUGCAAGCCCUGAGGAGGCUAACGUGGAAGAGACUAAGCCUGCUCUGCUGAUAAAGCCUGAAGAUACUGUCUUAAAAGAACCAGGGAGCUCUGAAAAGACGCUCCGGACACUUCAGAGACCUGGUGAUAAAGUGUUUGAUUGCUACAAGACAAGCUCUUCUGAGAUCAGUGCAGUUGUGGGAGCUGUUCCUUCUAUCUGUUACCCCAUCCAUGGUGUUCCAACCAUUCGAUCUGAUAUUCCUGCCCCUCGAGUUCGUCGCAUCAGUGAUAGAACUAAUUAUGGUGAAGAAGGCAAUGCUUAUUCUUUACUGCAUCCAACCAUCUUUGCCCAGAAAGGAGUGUUUGAAAGAGACUUCUUCAAGACCAGAUCAAAAGAAGAGAUUGCAGAGAUUCUACGUAACAUUGGUGUCAAGCUUUCGGAAGAAGAAUUUGAAAAUGUAUGGAAUCUUGCAUCGAAAAAACAUCACAGAGGAGAAGUUUGUGUUGAGAGCAUUAGAAAUGUUCUAGAUGAGCUACAGCAUGCAGACCAGAUCAAGUGUAAAAAAUCCAGAUGAUAUUUUUGCAAUUCAUGAAUUUAAAUAAAAGAAUUA